CAACUUGUUGUUUAGAACAUCAUCGUAUCAAAUUUUUUAUUUGAAUUUUUUUAUAAUUAUUAUUAAAUAGUGUUGUUUUAGAUAAGAAAAUUUAGUAAAAUCCUGUAAAAAACACAUCCUAGAUAGUAAAAUUGUUUUUUCAUAUACACCGCCACAGUUGUUAAUCUAUCGUCGCGCACGUAGCAAAAAAAUAAAAAUUAAACGUAAAUAUGGGAAAAUUGUUAAGUAUCUUGGCUUACACGAGCACACAUGAGAACGAGAAAACUUCCGACAUAUUUCUGGACUUUGAGAACUGCGUGCCGAGCGUCAGUGAAAAGCGCGUUUUUGAGGAGGUCGAACACGUUCUGCGGCAAUCCGAUGGCAUUUUGGAGGAGAUACAGUGCUACAAGGGCGCCGGAAAAGAAAUCCGUGAGGCAAUUAGCAACGUGAGUCCGGAAGUGCAGGAAAAGGCAUGGACUGCCGUGGUGCCGCUUGUGGAAAAGUUAAAACGUUGCUUCGAUCAUUCGAUUGAGCUGGAACGCGUUGUUCCGAUUCUGUUGGAGGAGCUGGUGGGCGGCAAUCGUACGCCGCGACAACAUUUGGAGGAACAACAAGCACUAGUCAAACAGCUGGCCGAAAUUCUGGAAUUUGUGUUGAAAUUUGAUGAGUAUAAGAUGAAAACACCCGCAAUACAAAACGACUUUAGUUACUAUCGGCGCGUCGUGAGCCGACAACGCUUAGAUGCGAACAACGCUGUGAUACCAUCGGAUUUGGCCAACCGAAUGUCUCUCUUCUACGCUCACGCAACCCCCAUGCUGAAGGUUUUGAGCGAAGCCACUUCGAGAUUCGUCGAACAACAUUCAAGUGAUACAGAAAACACCACAGAAACGCUAGGUACGAUGGCAAAAGUAUGUUUACGGAUGCUGGAAAAUCCAAAUCUCUUGCGACAAUUAACGCGAGAGGAAACACAACUUCUUGUUUUGCGAGUCAUGGUCGGCUUAGUAAUUCUCUACGAUCACGUUCAUCCGGAUGGCGCAUUCAAGAAAAAUUCGCAUGUCGAUGUCAAGGGAUGCGUUAAGCUGUUGCAAGCACAGCCGCCAGCCAAGUCAGAACCGCUCUUGAAUGCCUUGCGGUACACCACGAAGCACCUCAACGAGGAAAAUACACCAAAAAAUAUCAAAAACUUAUUAGCGGCGUAAGGAACUCACUCGCCCCAGUUUCAUCAAAUCCAGUUGAUUAUUAUUAGAUUAGACGAAAAGGCGAAGAAAUUUUCUCCCAGUUGUUGUUUUAUCUUGUUUUUUGCGUCGAUAAACGAUUAUAUCUAGCAUGAUAGCGAAGAAAAAAAAUAUUAUGGCAAAAAUUGUUAAAUAAAUUUUGAGAUAACGGCCUGUAAAUUAAUUGGCCUCUCUCUCAAAAAAGCUUUAAUCCAGUUAAGUUUGUUUUUUUUCAACUUUCUUCUUUUUUUAUGAAUAAAUAGUUAGUUAAAAAAAAUAU